AUGGCCUUCUCUCUGCCGUGCGCCGCCAGCGGUGCUUUUGCUUGCAGCAGAUUACUCUGCCAUGCUGACCCAGCUCUCUUAGUCUCCUGUUUGCUAUCGCUCUUGGUUUUUGCUGCGUUAUAUCUCCGAUCCCGCAAUCGUGAAGAUGGGCCCCAAUAUACGCCGUUCACUUCUACAUCCGCUGGAGACAGAGAAGAAGACGACGAGACCGAGAUCCCAUUACGAAAAACAGCUACCGUCCCGCCCCUACAAGCAGCUGUAGAGGGACUUCUCCUCCUUAUCGAUCUUGUACUUGCUCUGCUGCUAUUCCUCCACGGCGAAAAGGACGACGGCUACCAGCUAGGAUUUGCAUCCACUAUAUCUUCCGCCUACAUACUCACUCUGCUGGUAGGAAGGGUGUAUACCGCUAAAUUCGGCCUCAAAUGGCAUUCCAUCUGCCUCUACGCUGCGCAAUGGCUCUAUACUCUCCUUUUAACAUACACGAAUGUGUCCCAGCGAAGCCACAAUCGCUUCAACAUCGUUGCCGCCGCCUCUCGCCUUUCUAUAUUUACCUUCAUUGGCUUGGUACACUGCCUAGUACCCAGAAUACCGCCUCACGCCCUCGAUAGGGGGAGCAACCCCCCGUCCCGCGAUGAACUCGCUAGCCUCUUGUCAAGCCUAACAUUCUCGUGGAUGGACCAGCUGGUAUGGGCGGCAUUCCGAAAGACUCUACAGCCCGCGGAUCUGGGUUCACUUAACCGACAGUACUCCGUUGCUGUUGUCCUUCCUUGGUUCCAGCGCAAAACCAGCCCGUCGUGGUCUCUGCUAUGGAGGAUCUUUUCUGCAUUCAAAUACAGGAUCUUACUGCAAGGCCUAUGGGCAGCCUUGAAUAGCCUUGCAGUAUUUGUGUCACCGAUGCUCAUCCAUUAUAUCCUCCAAGAUCUCAACUCUCGGGACGCGAACCUUUCCCGCCUCUGGACAUACGUUGGCGGACUCUUGGUCUCUGGGAUGCUUGCAACGCUCGCUGAGUGCCAAUGCAAUUGGACCGGCAGCCAGAUGAACGCGCGCAUGCGUAUCGUCUUAGUUAGCGAGAUUUAUGCCAAAGUUCUACGCAAGAGCACUGCGAAGGGGGAUGAGGGCUCCAGUGGGAACUCCGCUAGCACUGGCACCAUCACCAACCUAAUGUCAGUAGACGCGCAGCUUGUUAGUAGUAUGAGCUCAGGCUUGUACUUUAUCUGGAUCGUCUUCCCUGUGCAGAUGGGACUUGGUACAUAUCUGCUCUACCGGCUAUUGGGAAUCAGCGGCAUACUGGGCGUGCUGGCGAUGAUUCUACUAGUACCGCUGAACAUCCUAGUUUCCCGGGGGGUUAUGGCCACACAGGGCCAGGUACUAACUGCCAGUGAUGCUAGAAUUCAGGCCAGUAACGAGCUGCUGGAUAAUAUCUAUACGAUCAAGUUUUGUGCAUGGGAGGCCCCCUUCCGUAGUCGCAUCUUGCAACGUCGUGGUAUAGAAAUGCAACGGAUGCGUACCCGCUGUAUCUGGUGGACUGCCUCAAUGACCCUAUUCCAUACGCUCCCCUUCCUCGUCACUAUCUUGCCUUGCUUCUUCUAUACUAUCGUUUGGGGUCAGCCCUUGGGGACCGCAAUUGCCUUCCCGGCUCUUGCAAUCUUUGCAGUUCUGCGUAUCCCCAUUAAUCGCCUCGCUGAUUCUAUCACCUUUUUAAUACAGGCGUACAUCUCCCUUAUUCGAAUUAGCCGGUUCCUAGAUGAGGAAGAGACAAAUAAAUACCGCCAGCUAUCUGACUCGCAUGACUUACGGAUUGGGUUUGAUGACGCUACUUUUACGUGGCCUACGACCGGUCAAACGAAUAACCUUACCAACAAAGAUAUGCAGAGCGAUGAUGAGGAUGAGGAAGAUAUUCCACUAGUACAAACGACUGAACCCUUCCGAUUGAGGAGAUUACAUAUCCAAUUCCAACCGGGCGGCCUAAAUGUUAUCUGCGGCGCCAGUGGCUCGGGAAAGUCGUCACUUUUACUGGCGUUACUCGGCGAGAUGAAUCUGGUUGGCGGUCGACUGCUACACCCUUAUCCUACAGCUCAUUAUACAGAUUACCCUAGGCAAAGCUUCUCCAUGGAUACGCUCUCUAAUGCUACUGCAUACUGUCCACAGGAGCCCUGGAUUAUGAACCGUAGUAUCCGGGCUAAUAUUGUUCUCGAUCUACCAUUCGAUUCCACCCGAUAUGAGACUGUAUUACAUGCAGUCGAUUUACAACCGGACCUGGCUCUAUUUGACUAUAGAGACGAUACCUUGGCUGGUGAGAAUGGAAGCCGUCUGUCUGGCGGCCAGAAGCAACGCGUCGCCCUUGCUCGCGCCCUUUAUAGCCCCUGCCGAUACAUGCUUCUGGAUGAUUGCCUGAGCGCGUUGGAUAGUCGUACAGCAAACCACAUUUUCCGCCAUGCGAUUACAGGACUCUCUAUGCGAGGGCGUACCUGUAUUCUAGCAACGCAUCAUACGCAAUUAGCCGUCCCUAAUUGUAAGUGGGUGGUCUUGUUGGAAGCUGGGCGAGUGAAGGCGCAAGGGACAGCGAAGGAGCUUGUGUCAAGGGGGCUAAUAAACAACGAAAUACUCCAAGAUCAUGCAACUAACACAACCCCGGCGGAUACUGCGUCAGGGGAUCUGGCGGCUGAUGACGAAACCCCUAAGCCUUCUACCCCUACGAAGCCCGAUGGUCAACGCAGCUAUACAGAAAGCCGGCCUGAGGGUGCGGUGGGCUGGCCAGUCGUACGAACGUAUCUUGUGGCCAUGGGCGGCUGGAAUUUCUGGGUCCCUAUUCUUGUUGGAUUUAUAAUACAGCAACUGGCUGCACUAGGAACCAAUCUCUGGAUCAAGGAAUGGGCCUCUCAAUAUGAUAGCCGCCAAAAAAUGGGACCCACCGCCCCAACUGUUGCUGCUAGCUACUAUAUUAUGAUCUAUGGCAUUAUUUGUCUUGGAUAUGCCGGGAUUACUUUUAUACGCGAUCUGGGUAUCUUCUUUGGUGCUCUUAAGGCGUCUGGUAGCAUAUACAAGACUCUCCUGGACGCUAUUCUCUAUGCAAAAUUUACGUUUUUUGACAGUACCCCGUUAGGCCAAAUUACUAACCGGUUGUCUAAAGACGUCGAGGUCCUGGAUCAAUUGCUAGUCAAGUUCUCAAUCAGUAUGUGCCAGUUAGCUACCUCAUUAGCUAUGGUUGUCAUUUUCAUCGGAACUGUUCUACCUGGAUUCAUGAUAGCGGCAAUCUUCAUCUUCCUAGCCUAUUGGCUAGUAAUUAUGAUAUACAUCCAUGGAGCACGCGAUCUCAAGCGUAUUGAAAAUACUGAGCGGUCACCACUAUACCAACAGUUUGGCGAGACGCUGGCAGGUUAUGUUAGUAUUCGCGCAUAUUCAUAUACCGCAGCCUUCAUCGAGGAGAGUCAACGUCUCAUUGAUCGUCAGACACGGCCAUUCUUGCUACUUAGCGCGAGUAGUGGAUGGUUAUCUUUACGUGUUGGUACACUUAGCUCACUGAUUAUGUUUUUGACCGGCGUCUUCAUCUUGUGGGAUCGCAAGUCCGUUUCUCCAGGGGCAGCUGGUUUGGUACUCACAUUUGCUGCCUCGAUUACAGAAAAUGUCAUGUGGCUAGUACAGGUUUAUGCCAUCAUUCAGCAAAACCUCAGCUCGCUGGAGCGCGUUAUAGAGUAUACCAAGAUAGAGCAGGAACCGGUCCGUCCGCUUAAAUCCGCCGUCGACCCUAUCCCGUCAGCCUGGCCAUCAAAAGGGACUAUUGUUUUCCACAACUACACGGCGCGGUAUGCACCGGAGCUAGAGCCAGCUCUCCAAGAUAUCAAUUUUACAGUCCACCAUAGCGAGCGUGUUGGGAUUGUUGGCCGUACGGGUGCGGGUAAGAGUACUCUUACGAUGGCACUAAUCCGUGGUAUUGAGGCGUGCAGCGGCUAUAUUGAGAUCAACGGGGUGGAUAUAGCCUCAGUUACACUUCAUGAGCUACGACGCGCAGUCACAGUUGUCCCUCAGGACCCAUGGCUUUUCGCAGGCAGCCUUCGUGAUAAUCUGGCGCCGCUAAAGGACGAACAUCUCUAUAGCGAUGAGGCUAUUUAUAGUGACGAAGCCCUGCUAAACGCUCUACGCACUGUGCGUUUGUUCCCAGAAUCCAAUAUCUCUUCUGCAGACCUGGACAGGCCUGCCGAGACGCUCUCGCGUGGCCAGCGCCAGCUCCUGUGUAUUGCACGAGGGCUAUUACGUCGGUCCCGGGUACUGGUGCUAGACGAAGCCACUGCUUCUGUUGAUCAUGCCACUGACGCUGCCAUCCGGUCGGGUUUACGCGCCAGCGUUCAUAUGGGUACAACGGUUUUGACCAUUGCACACAGGAUAUUGAGCAUCGCGGAUUACGACCGUGUGGUGGUGCUGGAUGAAGGUAGAGUGGUUGAAGAAGGCCGGAUCAGAGAUUUACUUUCACGACGUGGGCAAGAUGCUAGGUUCCGACGAAUGUGUGAGGAGUCAGGGGACUUUAAGGAGAUUGAAAGGCUGGCGGCAUCUCGAACCGCCUAA